CCGUUCUGUGAUUCUCACCGAGCAUCUACUCUCCCGCCUUCAUUCGCGUUCUCUCUCUCGAUCGAGAGACUUUUUGCAGGUCACCGGCAUUUUCAUCUCUCCUUUUCUCUUGCUUCCCCUCCCUCAGUUGAGGCGUGAGGGGUUCAAUAUUGGCGGGCGAGUGGAGGCUUAACAGAAAAAACACUCUUAACUUGGCGCAAUGGCUGUAACUUCGCCUGCAAUGUCUACUUCACUUUUUCAAUCAGCUUUCUGUUCCUCCUUCACUUCCCGUUCUUUUCUUACCCAUAAACAUUUUGCUCCGACUGAUCGUUGCCCUGAUGUCUCACUACGAAACAGGAUCAGGUGUAAUAUUGUUGAGCCAUUGAAGUUUGAGAAUGGGAGGCCAAUUGAUGUAACACUCAAUGGGGGAAAUGCGAUUCCCAGUUUCUUGACACCAAAUCCUCGUGUUCAGGAUUCAAUUUAUAAAAAUGACACUCGACUCCGGAUUUUUUCAGGCACGGCAAAUCCAGCUCUUGCGCAGGAAAUUGCCUGCUACAUGGGCCUGGAGCUUGGAAAAAUAAAAAUAAAGCGUUUUGCUGACGGUGAGAUAUAUGUUCAGCUACAAGAGAGUGUCAGAGGAUGUGACGUGUUUCUUGUGCAGCCCACAUGUCCUCCUGCUAAUGAGAAUCUUAUGGAGCUUCUUAUAAUGAUUGAUGCUUGUAGGAGGGCUUCAGCUAAAAAUAUUACUGCAGUCAUUCCAUAUUUUGGAUAUGCUAGGGCUGAUAGAAAGACUCAAGGGCGUGAAUCCAUUGCUGCCAAGCUUGUAGCCAAUUUAAUUACAGAAGCAGGUGCCAAUCGUGUCCUUGCUUGUGACCUUCAUUCUGGGCAGUCUAUGGGCUAUUUUGAUAUUCCAGUGGAUCAUGUUUAUGGACAGCCGGUGAUACUUGAUUAUCUAGCCAGCAAGACUAUUUGCUCAGAUGAUUUGGUAGUUGUCUCACCAGAUGUUGGUGGUGUUGCUAGAGCACGUGCUUUUGCAAAAAAACUAUCUGAUGCACCGUUAGCUAUUGUGGAUAAAAGGCGCCAUGCACACAAUGUUGCAGAGGUGAUGAAUUUGAUAGGAGAUGUGAAAGGAAAAGUAGCAGUUAUGGUAGAUGAUAUGAUUGAUACUGCUGGGACUAUUUCCAAGGGUGCAGCUCUAUUGCAUCAAGAGGGCGCAAGAGAAGUCUAUGCUUGUAGUACACAUGCUGUAUUCAGUCCUCCUGCUAUAGAAAGAUUAUCAAGUGGCGUGUUUCAGGAAGUUAUCAUAACAAAUACAAUCCCAGUGGCUGAGAAGAACUAUUUCCCUCAAUUAACAGUCUUGUCAGUAGCAAACCUUCUGGGGGAAACUAUAUGGCGUGUUCAUGAUGACUGCUCAGGUGGAAUUGAGCCUUAUUCCAAUUUGGGCAUUGAUUGAUGCUCGUUCUAGCUUAUGACGUUGCGGUAACUACCGAAGACUCUAGAUGGAAUUUGUGGAAAAAGCUGUUCUUAGUCUGUAGAGUUGUUCCGUGGGUAUAAGCGGUCCUGUAGAUGCGGGAAAAAAAAAUUUGUAGUCUAACAUUCAUAAUGGGAAGUCUUACGUGAUUCCCUUAUUUUUGGUGAAUUUUAACUCUGAACAGUUUAUGAUACUUGGUCAUAUUGUUCUGUUAUAUUUCCAUAUUCUUUCGUAUUUUGUUGAAUCAUUGUCAAUUAAGCAAGGAUUAAUACAAUUGCUGGUCUCUCAAA